CUACCAUUUCGAUUUCAACAAGUUGGUUUUCUUUUUUACAGUUUGUUCAGGAUUCAAUUUUAUGGGUUAUUUUCAUAAUCUGGCGAUUGGUUUACGGUUUGUGUUGUUCUUUUAAGAAUUUUGAAGGUUCCGAGUUUUUUUUUUGGGUAAUUUUGCUUCUGGGUUUAUCUCAGUUCAACUACAUCAAGUUAGUUUUCCUCUUUACAAUUUGUUCAAGAUUCAAUUCUUAUGGGGUAUUAUUCAAAUUUAUGCUAAUAGGUUGAGUGUUUCUGUUGUUUUUAAUUUUGGCAUUUUGAAGAGAGAUGUUGGGAGAACUCAUCACCAGCAGUUUAGUGUAUGUGAUUCUAAUUUUAGGAAUCUUUGCAGGGCUGAUGUUUUAGAGAAUUGAAGGCUGAAAUGAAACGCAAGGUAAUGGUGUGCAUCUGAGUGAAGCUUGAAUACAAGGUUUAACUAAUCAGUUUUGCAUCUUCAUAUGAUUCUUUUGGAAUCUGCUAUCAGGAAAAAAAAGAGAUGAAAAAAUGUGUAGAAAUAGCAUAUCAAUCCUUUUUAAUCGAGAAUUAUCUACUUUUUACUUUAGUGACAAUUUAUUUUCUCGAUUGUUUAGCUACUUAACUCACAUGUUGCUGUGGUGUAUUUCGAGUGCUUUUUGUGAUUGUUUCAGCUUCUCCCAUGUUGUUAUGGACGCUUCUCCGGCGGAUUAUGUUUUUGGAUUCAUCAUCGACAAUUGGCAUAUGUAUUUGCUUGGACAAGGCGAUUGGAUUACGAACUGUAUGACCUCUUUACUAGGUCAUGGAGCUGGUUGGCAUUUGACCCAUCCAAAUGAUUGGAAAAAGCAUGGCAGGGGAAAACCUGCCUCAAGUGUUAGUACGGGUGUUCUUGAUCUCGACAAGGAAAAGUCUGCUGCUAAACCUCCAGGAAAGCCGUGCCUAUCUGGGCCUAAGACAAUUGUCAUCCCCGACUUAAGACCAAGAGACACUAUUACUCCUAUUUUUUUGAGACUAGAACUAACAGAGAUGGAUCUCGUUAUCAACCAGGGGAAAUUUUUAAAUUUCAAUGCAUUUUGUCGAAAGAAGGCAACUAAUUCAAUGUGCGUUUCAAACUUUGUAUUGUAUUCUUUUCCGCCAAAGUUCAUGUUCUUGGACGGCUAA